UCAACGUGUUUCCCGACGUGCCGGCUAUGCUGGAAUGUUUGACUUCUCAGCGCUACCUCCUCGGAUUGGCUUCGAGAUAACUCACUUCUGGUCAAUGACUGAGCACAAUCACGCCAACGACACCAAUGGUAUUAAGGUGACGAAGUUAUGAAAAGACGUGAAAAGAAAAGCACAAGAAACGUCAGAACCUCCAAGCAAGCUCUUGGCUCAAACACUAAGCAGCUCGUCGACAGCUGUGCGCGAGAACUUGGGAAGCUGGAGACGGUAUGUCGUGACCUGCGCAAGCAAAGAAGUCAGCUGCGCCCAACGGAGCCACAGUCUGCCACAGAGCUCCAGGUCACAGACAUCUGGGCAACAACCGGAGGGGAACUUACCACAACCGUUCCUCAUCUACGACAAUGGAUCGGAGCGGCGGGACCGCAUGCUCGUUUUUGCCAGCAAGCUGAACAGCUGAGAGCCUUGUGUACCAGCUGAACGGUACAUGGAUGGUACGUUUUCGAGCCUUCCAGCAUACGAAGAGCUGUUCCAAGCAAUCCUUGACGCUUGUGAAGCGAAGGGAUAGAUCCCAGAUCCGAGCACCAUCAUUAGCGACUACGAAAUUGCUGCCAUCAAGGCUGCAAAAGAAGUCUUCGGGCAGAACAUUGCAUCAAGGGGGUGCCUCUUCUAUCUCUGCCAGAGCACCCGUAGCAAGAACUGAUGAUCCUGAUGCAGCAAGGGAGCUGGUCACAAUCCUCGACUGGAACAAAUACUUCCCUUAUCAGGAAAUCUACCCAGGCUGCAAAAUUACACACUUCAAGAGGUUCCAUCAACAGACAGGCUUGCCAUACAAGCAGAUGCUGUUCUUCGACGACGAGCUGAGGAACAUCCACGAUGUCUCCACACUGGGGGUCACAUGCAUUCAUGCCCAACGAGGGAUGUCACACGGUCACUUGGAACAAGGACUUCGAAGGUUUCAAGAACAAGCAUGAGGAUGCCUCUUCGUCCUAGGCUGUCCCAGUUUAGUUGCCUUGCUUGUAUGAAGUUAUUGAAAUUGCAUCUCAAACACUUUUUUGCGGGUAGUAGUUACAGCCUCCACUGCUGUUAUUGGAUUUUAUAAAACUUGGCACUUGAAGCUCAAAAAAAAAAAAAAAAAGGUUUUAUUGAAUAACACAGUGCAAGAAAGAAAGCAAAAUCAAGACUGCAUGUUGUGCUAGCCAAUACCUGUUCAACAGCAUUUUUUUUUUUAUUAUUAUUAAAUAAGGCAAGGAAGCAUUUGUGGCUGGAGAACUUUGUUCUUGGAUGCUCCCAGUUGUGAAGCUUUUGGCAGCUUCAGAAUGGUAGCCAACACUUUUUUAAAAGACCUCAAAGCUACUAAAGAGAUGGUCUCGUAGCAACAUAUUAGGGAGCCUUCAUAUAUUAGGUCUGUUCGAUUCGCCUGAACUGACUGAACUAGUUCAGCAGUGCAGGAACUGGCGCAUUCGAUUCGAUUCAACCGGAAGUUGCACGGCCGCUGCACUGACGCGUUCGAUUCAUCCCAGUUCUGAACGAGUUCAAACCCAGUUCCUCAAAAUCGUGCACCGACUCCGGAGUCAGUUCAGCAUCCGUGCAGAAGCAGACGACAAGAGCAGAUGGCGAUAGCAGACUACACUCCUCCUCUGUCUCUGCUCACGGUGCCAUUUUUCGCAGCUCUUGCUUAAAUGUUUGCGAUGUUUAACAAUCACGCCGAUACGGAGGUUGUAUUUCCUCUCAUUUAUGAUACUAAUGUACCCGCGGUGGGCGCGGAAUUUAGAUCAUAACCGAGGGUAGGAAUUUGCUUGAUUAUGAUAUUCUGAAAGCGUUUUAGGCACCUGCUCGCGUAGGUUUGGCUCCCUGUGGUAAGUGUUGAAAUAUUGGCUCGCGUUAAUUGUUUCUUUUUGAUGCUAUGUAGAGAUCCACAGUGUUGAUAUUCUUUCUUACAGACACGGGAAAGGUAUUGCACUCUUGAUAGUCCCCGCCUUCAGUUGCUCUUGGAUGCAUACUGACGACUCCGAUACAUUGCAGGGGUCUGGAAUUUAGUACAUUGGCCCUCGCAUGCCCCCUAGCUGAGCAUAAUACUGCAUGCUUUGUCCGCUGGUAUCUGUGGACGCCCACUAAUGGGCCUGAGAAAAACGUUGAGAAUCGGCAUUGGCUUGGUAGUUCCACGCAGGUCUUUCUUGAGAAUCAGAAUAAACGCUUCAGCUUGACGCCAAAAUUACGGCCGAUAACUGUCUUGGCCAAAACGCUAUCAUCAGGCCUUCGUCUUCGAGGUGACCACUACCGACCACGCGCUGCCGCCAGUGACUCCCGACGCGAAAUCAUCCUGAUGCCGUGAACCUAUCGUCGAAAUGCGAAAAUCGAGAGACUUAAAAUGAAUCUACUAUUGCUAAAUGAAUGUGAAGGACACGAACGCUCACGGAAACGACAGGAACCGAACGGCCGUUAAAAAUGCAUUCAGAAACAUUUCGUGCAGAAAACGUUUUUAGUACACUCGAAUAAAAAAAUUUUCACAAAAAAGAUUCCGUUAUUAUACUUCAAAACUAAGGAAACAUGAAUGGUCUCAUCAAACCGCGACUAAUUAAAUGUAGCAUACAACGUGGCGUGGAGAAACAAGAGCCAACAGAUGCAGACGACACCCUGCGCUUCCGCUCGGAACGCCGAUCACAGCGCCAGUCCUAGCGCGGCGGCUGCACUGGUUUUGCGCCGCCGCUGCACGACUCCUGCACUCGUCCGAACUUGGACAGAACUAGUUCAGAACUUUCUGGCCGAAUCGAACAGACCUAUUGUUUCCACCAUCCUGCAAAGGUCUCUGCAACCCACUCCAAUCUCGGGAACCCUGCAAACAAUCCUAAGUGCCCUGCCGAACUCUGACGCAGCACUCUCGUCCAAUCGUUCUGUGGUUAGGCCAUUCCAAAGUUACCCAUUUUGGCCACCAGUCGCGCUGACUAGCAGCCGACUGAGUCGCCGUCUGUUCAUAGUGGCAUUUCAAUGUGGAGAGCUCGACAAAUGGGGAAAAUGGUUUACAAAACCUCCCGAUUUGCCAUUCUGAAGCCCCCAAGAGAUUCCUUUUACAAUUGUAUAUUUCCAUUAUACACACCAUUUUUCUUAACACUCCCAUGUUGAAUGUUAACUUCCUUUCCUUUCAAAUUUUUAAGCAACGGAAGACUAUGGAAAUAUUGCUUUCCUGUUUCAUGCCCCACAAGUUGUGCGACCCCAGUAUGAUCUUGUGACUAAAUGUUUGGAAAUUAAAAGGACAGUGAAGCUGUUCGCUAUUUGAAAGAAAA